AUGGAUUUAGGUUUGGGAUAUGAAAAGAUUCAUGCGUGUCCUAAUGAUUGCACAUUAUAUUGGAGUGAGAUGGCUGGAAAGGAUUCUUGCCCUAAAAGUUCUUGUUCAAGAUGGAAGAGUGAAACAGAUAAGGGUAAGGUUCCAGCAAAGGUGAUGAGAUAUUUUCCUUUGAUUCCUAAAUUACGAAGGAUGUAUAUGUCAUCUAAGAUAUCUAAGGACAUGAGAUGGCAUGACGAAUGUAGACAUGAUGAUGGAAUUCUUAAACACUCGGCUGAUGGACAAGCAUGGAAGGAAUUUAAUGUCCGAUAUCCAGAGUUUUCCAAUGAUGCUCGUAGUGUUAGACUUGGUCUUGCUAGUGAUGGUUUCAAUCCUUAUCGUCUAAUGAACAUGACCUAUAGUAUAUGGCCAAUAAUUUUAAUUCCUUAUAACUUAUCUCCAUGGUUGUGUAUGAAGCCAUCUUCAUUUAUUUUGUCGAUGAUCAUUCCUGGCAAGGAAGGGCCAGGGAAUAAUAUUGACAUUUAUAUGUGUCCUUUGAUACAUGAGUUGAAAUUGUUGUGGAAAGGUGUCAAUGCUUUUGAUUCGUACGCUAGUGUGAAUUUCAAACUUCAAGCAGCUUUAAUGUGGACAAUUAACGAUUUUCCAGCUUAUGCCAUGUUAUCAGCAUGGAGUACUAAGGGUUAUAAUGCUUUUCCUGAGUGUAAUUUCUCAACUCCUUCUACACGAGUCGGAAAUAAGAUAUGUUACAUAGGACAUCGUAAAUGGUUACCUAGGGAUCAUCCUUUUAGAUUUCAAAGUAGUUUGUUUGAUGGGACUGAAGAAUAUGGUAGUGCUCCUUCACCUAUGGCUGGCUCUGACGUUUUAAGAGAGCAACAAACUUUAGAGCAUGAGUAUGGGAAAAUUCAAAAGUCAUGUAAAAGACGAAAACGACAAUCCAUAAGUGAUAUUGAUGUCAAUGAUCCUAAGAUUCUUUGGACUAAGAGGAGUAUAUUUUUUGACCUUCCUUAUUGGGAGCAUAAUAUUCUUCGUCACAACUUAGAUGUCAUGCAUAUAGAGAAAAAUGUGUGUGAUAAUCUACUUGGAACUUUGAUGAACAUGGAUGGAAAAAGUAAAGAUGAUGAAUUUGCUCGCAUGUUUUUUGAAAAUAGAAACGUGAAGCCACAUUUUUGGCUACAGCGUCAUAGUGACAAUGAAUUCAUUAUGCCACUCGCCCCAUAUUGUAUGACUGGGGUAGGUAAAGAGUCAUUUCUACAUGUUUUGGCAAGUAUUAAAUUUCCAGAUGGAUAUAGCUCAAACCUUUCAAGAUGUGUGAACUUGAAAAACAAGAAGCUUAUGAAUCUUAAGAGUCAUGACAAUCACAUAUUAAUGCAAGAUAUCCUUCCAAUAGCAUUGAAAUCAUCUCAAGCCUUCACAGUUAUUGAUCUUGUUGAUGAUCUAUCAUCAUUUUUUAAGUCCCUUUGUGCAAAGGAAAUCGAUCCUAAUUAUCUUGAUGCUUUAGAAUCCAAGAUAAUAGAUGUCUUGUGUCAAAUGGAGAUUGAAUUCCUUCCUCCUUUUUUCACUAUCAUGGUUCAUUUGUUAAUUCACCUUGUCAAGGAGGUAAAGCUCAGAGGACCUGUUCAUUACAGAUUGAUGUACUUAGUCCAUCUCAAAACAUUUUUGAGAAAUAGAGCUCAACCAGAAGGUUAUAUUGCCGAGGGUUAUAUUCUUGAGGAAACAAUUACCUUUUGCUCUAGAUAUUUAGAAGGCGUAGAAACACUCUUCAAUCGACCACGUCGUAACGAUGAUGAUAAAUGA